CUGGCAUGUCCAGUCGCGAGGCCACGAGGAGUUGCACCAUUUCUCUGGGGAUUAACCAACCAACCAGCUGGUGCCGUUUCAUGAACCAGAGGCUCCACCAGCAUCGGUGUGAAAUUUCACGUGGUUCGCUGGUGCCGCAGCAUUUUUGUGAUUCAAUUCUCACAGCGCAAAAAGCAGCCGGCGUGGUCUACCGAUUUCUCUCGGCGGUUCGCUUCGACCCUGCGACUAAGUCAUGGAAGACGACGGUGCCUCCGCUGCUCGGCGCAGUCCCUCCCGACGGCGCGCCGGCGAAGACGAGUCCAAUCUGCGCUACAUGAUGCACGACCAGAAUCUCUGCCUCAUGGCGUUGCUCGUCCUUGGUGUGCUCACCGUGACCAGCGCGUGCAUCGCCAUUGUCGCAGCCGUUGUUGAGCACUAUUGGACAUCCAUCAACGACGCCGACGUACCGCUGGGAGCCGCCCUCGCUGGAAGCGCGGUCGCCCAACAGCAGCACGGUAGGUCUGCCGCUCAAAUCGCCAUGCAACGGCAAUCCGACGAGGACGCGAGCCGCGUCGUCCUCUGUUUCGCGAACUACAGCCUCGCGCCCGGCUCCCCGCACCGUUUCGACGUGGACAACGCGUCGGCCAUACUUUGCGACGGGCACGUCUUCGUCUCCGUUGGUUUAAGCGUAGAGCGGAGAGACCUGCGCUUCAAGCGGCCCACGGAAGACGCGGAGGCACUGCACAAAAUGGUCUCGCUCUCGACACCCGCUUGGGCCUGCGUCGGCGGCGAGGCCUCGGACUCGGCCGAAUUCCGCGUUCUGAUGCGCCAGAGGAGAUCGCGGCUCGCGCUCGUGCGCAACGCGGCCUCCUGGUCGCGUCGCAAUGGACUCGCCGGCCUGGUUCUCUACUGGAAGUACCCGACCCUCGAGGAUCGCACCAAUUACAGCACCUUUAUCAACACCAUGCGCGUUGUUUUCGACCAAGAAGCGCUCCGCGUGAGCGUCGUCAUACCGUGGGAGACGGUGAGGCGACGCGACGGUUAUUACAUCCCCGCGCUCUACAGCCGGCUGGAUUUCGUCGUGGUGGACACACACCGGACCAUGAACCCGGCCACGUUCCCGGUCACCACUUGCCAGAGCCCGAUGCGAGCCGUCUUCAGGGCACGCCACAACGGUCAGAUGGGUCUCUCUUCGGUCCUCGACGAGCUGUCAAUGAUGACGGAGCACAUGCUCGCCAAGACCAUGCUGAGCGUCUCGUUCGCCAGCGCAACCUUCACCCUGAAGCGACCCUGGAUGAAGAGGUCCCGUGUAGGAAUGAGCUCCCUCGGUCCCGGCCGGCCCUUUCGCCACACAAAUAGGUCAGGCCUGGCGAGCUACUAUGAGGUGACCGAAGCGUUGAUGCGUAACGCCACGCACUGGCGCCGCGAGAGACACGGCUUCUCGCGCUGCUCCAUGGCCUACUCGGAGGACCAGUGGGUCGGCUUCGAAGACCGCGCCAGUCUACGCGCCAAGCGGCCUGUCGUGCGCAGGACUUCCGGUCUCGCUGUCUGGGACCUGGCCAUGGACGACUUCGCCGGGGACCUGGGUCCUACGUGGCAGCUUCUCCGUGAGGUUCAUGACUUGGUGCACGGCUAAGUCCCGAAGAUAUGAAAUAGCGGCGUCGGCGAGCUUUCCUUUUUUUCCUUUUUUCCCCCUUUAACUGUCCUUUCAGUGUUGCAGGCGUCAUGGCAAGCACAUUAAAGAUGCUUUUGAGAGGU